AUGGUCUCAAAUAACCUGUCUACAUCGGACGGCGCAACACAGCACACGCAAAAGAAGCAAAUGGAAAUUCUGCAGGCCCGUACAUCGUCCGGAUCGUUGCAGGUGGUCCGGGCUCAGACUGUUCAAACCACCUCAUCGCGUUGGUCCUCCGCUACGUUGCACUCCGAGAUUAGCAGCAGCAGCACCAGCAGCAGUAAUAGCACCAGCCACACACAAAUAGCAACCUCCUCCAGUAGCAGCCAUAAAACUGGCAGUUCUCUAACAACCAACGGAUUUUCCAGCCCUCAUGUACCACUACCGUUUCACCGGUCGCUCAUAGGUUCUAGUAGAUUAUUGUCACACCAGCCGCAGAACACCAUAUCCAGCAGCAGCAGCAGCAACAGCAUCCCACACAGCAACUCGCAACACCUGAGCUCACAACUGCUGCCACCAUCAGCACCACCAUCGAUAGCUGGGUCUUCGGCCAAUAGCAGUACCGCGACGUCAUCGGCGCAUUCGGCUUUGGCUACUUCUUCACAGUCGCACACCGGACAAACGACCGGUUUCGGUAGCAAACCGCAUUCCAGCGCCCCUGGCCAGCCAGCGAACGUGGGUGCACUGCGUACCAUCAGGGACACAAGCAUCGGCACUACGGUUGACUUCGGCCGGCACCACCACCACCGGCAGCAUCUGGAUCUGUUCGACAAGUUCAAAGAUAUCUCGGUGAAAGAGCAACCGGCCGAUGCCGAUAGCAAAGAAUGCAAAUACACAGCAUGA